AUGUACGAUCUUCCGGAAGGUUAUGUUUUCGGGAUGGGGAAUCCGUUGUUAGAUAUCAUUGUAGACGCUGACGACUAUAUGUAUCGAAAAUACAAUCUUAAAAAAGACAACGUUGUACUAGCUGAAGAAAAACACAUGACUAUUUACGACGAAAUUGAAAAGAAAAAAGGGUUGAAUUAUAUUGCUGGAGGAGCUACAUUAAACACAGUCAAAAUGAUUCAGUGGAUACUUCAAAAACCAUUUGUGUGUUCGUACGUCGGAUGCAUAGGUGCCGACAUACAAGGGAAAUAUAUUAAGAAUGAUUGUUCAGGGUUGGACUUAAUGACCGAAUUCCAAAUCGCGACGGAACCGCUUAUGACCGGAAAGGUAGCAGUCCUAGUUAGCGAAAAAUUACGUAGUAUGGUUACCUACCUGGGAGCAGCGUGUGGUCUUUCAUUGGCGCACAUUGAACAACCACAUGUUUGGAGUCUUGUGGAAAAAGCACAAGUGUAUUAUAUUGCAGGUUUCGUAAUAAAUACCUGUUAUGAAGGUAUGCUGAAAGUAGCCAAACAUUCUUUGGAGAACGGAAAGUUGUUCUGUUUCAAUCUCAGUGCUCCCUUUCUAUCUCAGUUUAAUACUAAAGAAGUAGAUGAAAUGAUAUCCUACUCAGGUAUUGUCUUUGGAAAUGAAUCUGAAGCUGAAGCUUACGGAGAGGCCCACGGUCUCCUUGAUGGAACUGUUCAUGCAACAGCCCGGUAUAUAGCUGACUUACCGUUUGCUGAUGGAGAAAAGCGUAAACGACUGGUCAUUAUAACACGAGGAAAAAACCCUUUGGUAUACACAGACUCUUUUGAUUCAGAAAUCCAUCAAUUUAUGGUGGAGCAGUUUCCAGACGAUCAAAUAAUCGAUACAAAUGGUGCUGGAGAUGCGUUUGCUGCCGGAUUUGUUGCAGAUUAUAUACGUGGUAAACCAAUGGUCACUUCACUGCACUCAGCUGUGAGAGCUGCAGCGUAUAUUAUAUGCAGAUCUGGCUUUUCCUUAGGUUCCAGAGAUUCUUAUUUGUUAAAAAUAAACAAAUAG